AGGACGACAGAAACACUCUUGUCCUUAAGGAGAGUUUAUUUACUAACUUUUCAGACUUUGAACUCCACCCCCCGAUGGCGGAGUCAGGGUACAGCUGACGUCGGCGAAAUGAAAUCGGCUGGUUACACUUUUCCUCUCAUAAUGGAAGUGGUCGUGGAGGUGAAACGGACUAACUCGCCUCUCUUGCCUGGAUAUUGAACCCAUUGUCCUUUUUUUUUCUCUCUGAGUAUAUGACAACUACUACAAGAAAGUCAACCUUUGUGGCUGCUCAUCUCAAAGUGCCCCCGCAUGGACGAUGAAGAGGAUGAUGUGUUCGAGCCGGACCCCCACAGCUGGCACACCUAUUUUCAGGAGAUAAAGUGUGAAGACCGGGGCACGCAGACACCUGGCCCGGCCCUGGCACCCAACAACGGCAUGCUGCCCUGUGGAGUCGCAGAGGAGCCCAGACCACUCUUCUACGGCAACGCAGGUUUUCGAUUACACUUCCCUGCGAACUUUGAGCUUGUUGGGGAUCAGGAAGAGAGCGGACAAGAAAGCGAGCUGCAGCAAAUUGGGAUGGAGCAGCAGCAACCUGUUGCCCACAGUGUGGAGGCCAUCAUCGGUCUGAAACUCCAACUCAUAGGAGACCAGUUUUAUCGGGAACACUUACAACUGUAUCAUCGAAACCAAAGGAACCAGGGGCCUCUGUGGUGGCGUCUGGGUGCAGCUUUGCUGAGCCUUCUGUUUGACAGGGGCUUCAUCGCUGGAGCAGGACGGAGGUGAGGGGGGUCUUCCCUUCAAAUCCCCUUUACUUCAUCUCUCUGAGGAACUGGACUCCUAAUGGCACUGUCAAAUUUAACACGGGUCAGAUUUUUUUUGGGAGAGGAGGGAAAAGAAGCAGACUAGAAGUCGCCGCAGGACGGCGACGACCAACUUUUCUUCAAGGUUGUUUUUUUUUUUUCCCAAGAAGAUGCCAUGAUUCUCUGAGAUUCCUCUAAGGGACAAUGUUCAUAUUUUGGUAUACGUGUGGUGAAGUAGUUUUGUACAGUACAUAGUUAAAUUUUUUGCACUUCAACAUGUAUCCAUCUUUAAUGACCUCCACGGACCCUGGGAAUGCCUUAUUCAGUGUCUUCUGCCAGAAUGAGUAUUGAGAAAUUUUGACAGGCUACAUGAGAUAUUAGGAGAUGAAAGACAUGUGGUGGGAGGUUUUCUUUCUGAAGAUUCCCAGCUGACCAGACAAGUUGAUUUCCAAAGAGGCAACUUCUUCUCAGAACAAAGCAUUUUGCACCUCACCUCGAUGAAAAAAACAAAAACACUUUUCUUAACGUCUUUAUUUUGAUUUCUGACUUUGUUUUUUUACACCUCUUGUUUUCCUGAUGUGGUUUGAAGUGUGAACACAAUCCCUCAGUGACCUUUAAACAAAUAGUCUCCACGUAUAAAGAGUCUGCAAACCUUAACUUGUAAUCUAAAUAUCUUUUUAUGUCUCUUCAGUCCUGUGCUACAUGUCAAACUAUCAGAACAUUUAGAGGGCUCAGGAGGUUUUUGGGGUUGGAGCUGACUGGAACAUUAACAGCGUUUAAAGAGAUUGCAUUCAAACACUGUUUCAUGUAAAUCUCAUCAAAAUGAAUUGGGAUCAUUGACACUGAAAACAAAUUCCAGAACAUGUCUUAGCUGCAAUAAAUUAACAUAAAAAUGAUGUUAAUUGGGAAUCACCAAACAGUCUCAAUGCAUGAUCUACAGAAGUAAUUAAAUGAACUGAUUCACAUCAAAUUAAUAUUCUGAUAAUACAACCAUCCUCUGAGUGUUUUUAUCAUGGCAGCCACUCAGUGGUUGAUUGUUGUUGUCUGAUAUGUAGCACACUGAAGAAGGCUUGGGAAAGAUACAUGAGAAGACAUUUACUUUAAAGUUUGUUGUUGGUGACUUUUGGCCUCCACCAUAAAAUCUAAGUAACGCACAAAGCUUGGUGAAACAGGGCUCGAUAAUCUUAACUUUACAAAACAAUUUGGCUCAGCGUGCCCUAAUGAAACACUUUCUAAAGGUUGGAUUUGUUUCCAAAUUCCUCCUAUAGUCCCUCUUGUCCCUGUUGUCUUUCGAUGUGUUCGUUUCAGAUGAUUGUUUUCAGACCUCCAUGCCCUUGAAGUGGAACUGUGGAUCCACUGUUUUUGCACUAGACCUCCACCCUUUAAGAGUUCAUUCAUGCUGCCGAGCAAACCUCUUGUCCUUUUUUUUUUUUAAUGAAGGUCUUUCAGUAAUCACUUGUUUUUCUUGCCAUAACAUUUCAGAUUUAUUCACUGUCAAUAAUCAACAUUGGGACCUGACCGAUGCAUUUUGAAGUCAGGAUUUUAGAUUUUUUUUUUUGUAGGUUCUGGAAACUUUAUGCACCAGCAUUUCAGGAGAGUUACAAAAAGAUCCUCGGGCCUCACCCAAAGAACUGCAUCAUCAAUAUGUGAAACGGAUCUUCUCAGGCGACUUAGAGGGAGUUUUUACAUAAUUUUAUAUUCUGCUGGCUGAUCUCUUUUGGUGCUCAGAUCCAUCUAUGGGAUAUUUUGAAUGCGUAUAAUCACCACUGAAGAAAAAGACAAAAGUGAAAAAAAAAGACUGUAAUUGUUGUUGAAAUAUGAAUAUGGUUGAAGACACUGUUGAAGAUUCUGUUUGUUAUAUUGAACCCGAGACCAACCUUCUCACCCACAGAGCAAAACAUAUCAGGGGUGUGUAAUCACAUGUGUCAAGUUUCUCACUGAACAAUUAGGGUUUCCUCUCAUUUUCUCCAAGAUAUCUCAGGGACGGACUUUGUGGGCUACUGGUUACCUUGAGAAUCUGUUACAUGGUUUGAAGAAGAGCAGUGUUUUCAUCCCAAAUAUUUAUACUGAAACCUCAGGAGGUGUUGUCUAAAAGUCUUUGAUUUUCAUUUCAGUUUAAAAAAACAAUUCCUUUCUUCAGCGCACACGUAAAGGUACAGUUUAAAUGAGGAGCAGCGCGAGGCUGCCUUGCUGUCUGUGGUGCCGAUCGGGGGCUACCGAGUGUGUAGUCGUAGGCGUGUGAGGUGCACUGUUGUGUUUGUGGUUAAGAGUUUCCUGCGGAUCCUGAACGCUGAGCCAGUCACUGUAGCUCCCCCGUCUCACCAUUGGCUCUUGGCUUCCUCUUCGUGUUGCUCCUAUAACACAUGGGAUUUUUUCCAUCGGUUCAUUUUUUUUUGUCUUUGUAAUUUAUUUUUAACCUUCUUAUUUAUUUUUGUAGAUUUCUCGCCCAUUUCUACUGUAUACACGUGUGUGUGCAAUUACUUCAAAUUUUUUUUUUUUUUUUUUUAUAUAUUCCUCUUGAACGUGUAUGCGCUUCAGUUGUUGGACUGCAUUGUACCUGAAUUUGUUUCAUGAUACUCAACUCAAAAUCUCCUGUUAUAGUGACACUCACCUGCUGUGGAAAUAUGUGGACCGGCCUUUAAUGAAGAACAGCAGCUUAGUCAUGCAGUUUCAAAGGAUUUCAUACGGCUGCACAUGUAGACAGAGCAGCUACACUCUCCAUGGAAUGGUAGCUGUUUCACUUUGAAAAACAUCAGAACCAUCAUAUUAGAUUCACAAUGAACACAACUGAAAACUUCCAAGAUUCACUUUUCCAGACUACAGGAGUGUGAUACUUAAAAAAGUAGAUUUUGGUUUGAGUAUUUCACAUGCAAGGUCUGACUUUUUUACCACUCUUCAUGAUUUGUUUAUAAUAUGUGCUUGGGAAGAGCAGCUGAUUGGAUGAAGUUUCACCUUAAAACCGGAUUUGACCUUUUCUUUUCUUAUUAACCGUCAUCAGCCAUCCCACCUGUUGCUUAUUAUUCACACACAAUCAGAACUAUUCCUCUUAAGUCGCAGGAUGUUAGUUUGUGUGCUCAUUUUUAUCUCGAUCAUUGUCUUGUAAUCAAUAUGCACUGGAAAGUACUUUGUUUCUGUAGAUCCCAUGGGUCCCUUAUUUGUCAUGUGUUUAUGUAUAGUAUAUACUCUGGAUCGUCUCAUGUCAGGCGUAGAUCUGUACAUCAACCAAGAAGGCUCGGAUUGUCGGCCUUGUUUGAUUUAUUGAAAGGGAAACAAGUUGCCUCUGUGCCCUGUGACAUUUUUAUUAGAGCGAAGGUUCCCAAGCUGCACUCAUCAGAUUGUACGUGAGUGUGGAGGACCCUCGGAGUGGGACAUGUAUUUUAUGGAAACCGUCAGUGUCUUGAAUUUUUAUAGUCCACUUUAUAUACAUUUGAAGUUUUUGAAGAAGGUUUUUUGGUUUCACUUUGUUUUCUUUUUUUUUUAAACGAUGACAUGUCUUCUUCAUGGUCUUUCUUAACUUUUUUGUUAUUAUGUAUUUUCUUAAGACAAAGGGGUCUGUUUUUAUGAGGAAAAAGUUCAUGCCUGUAAAAUAAUUUUAAAUACAAGUAGGAUCCUUUUUGAAGUCCAUGAGAUCAAGGGCAUUUUUAUUAAAUACAAAAAUGAACUUGCAACAUUCCUUGCACAUCCCAUCAUGGUGUAUAAACCAAGCAAACCAAACUCAAUCAUGGUUUUGAUUCAUUUUGACUCAUGAGCUCAUAGAAAUUAAAUAUUUGCCCUUUUUUUUCUCCACAGAACAGAUAACGUGUAAAUGUGUUUGUAAAACCCUGGAAUAUGCCUUUUACUGCUCAGUUUUAACAAAGUCUUGAUUAUCACACACUCUCUGUAUACCAACAAACGAGACCCAGCGAAAAUGUAGCAUUUUUGUAAACAUUGACUGUGUGUUUUCGAGACUCUACUGUGCACUCGUUUUCUUUUGUGCUUAUAUGUUUUUUUUUUGGUUGUUGAUUUAAUAUGGAAGUAAAAGACAAUUUGUUCUGUAGUGCAAUAUGCUGUACAUAUGGAGCUUUGCUCUACAAAUCUUUUUCUGGAUAUUCUUGUUGUUUAUUGGUACUUUUUUUUCAAUAAAUUUUUAUUGAAGGUG